AUGGAUUUACAACUUGUAGGAGAAAAGAGAAUUUUGCAGCUGAAUGAAUUCAAAGAGAUGCGCUUAUUCUCUUAUGAAAAUGCAAAACUUUACAAGGAGAAAACAAAAAGAUGGCAUGACAAGCACAUUCAACCAAGAGUGUUUGAAGAGGGUCAGCGCGUCUUGCUUUUUAACUCGUGCUUAAAGCUAUUUCCUGGCAAGCUCAAGUCAAGGUGGUCUGGGCCAUUUACUAUUACUAAGGUCUAUCCUUACGGGGCUGUGGAGCUGAGAGGAAAUGAAGGAGGUAAAAUCAAGGUCAACGGGCAGAGGUUGAACACUAUUGGGGUGGUGAGGUUGAGCGAAACAAGACCUCACCUACCUUAA